GCUGGGGCCGGGCGGGGAGAGCUGGUGCUGCGGGUACCAGCCCCGGGUGGGCGCCGCCUCCCCCGCGGGCAGCCCGCUCGGGGCGAGGGAGGCGGCGCGGCCGCCGGGCCUGCGGACCUGGUGCCUGUCAGCGCUGUAUCCACGGCCGGACCUGUUCAGAGCGAAAUUUCCGAGGCACAAGAUGGCAUCUGUCCCUCCUUUUGCCUUGUGUUCCCCCUCCCGCCGUGCGGUUGUCUCGCCAUGAUUAUUGCAUUUAUCCGUUUGUGCCUCCCGUACAUCCUCCCUGGCGCUGUGCCCGCUGGAAGCGGGGAGGGAAACGGCCGCUGCUGCUCGGCGGUUUCCGCCUGGGCUGCCGGGCUGAGGCGCAGCUUGCCCGGCUGCGCUCCGAACCCUCCUGCGGCCGGCAGCCUGGAGAGGGGCGGCAGGGCAUCCGCUGCUCAGGUACAUUGGUUUCCAGGAGAAGCAGGUGGAUGCGUACAGUGAAUAAGGUAUCUGAAGGAAACAAGAAUCAUGGAAGGUCAUAAAUACAACUAUCCAAGAGAAUUUUAUGAUCAGUAUGCUCAAAGCCAAGAAAAAUCUGUGGUCAAUAAAAUGCAACAGAAAUACUGGAAAACAAAACAAACCCUUAUAAAAGUUACAGGAAAAAAGGAAGAUGAACAUGUUGUGGCUUCAGACGCAGAUCUGGAUGCAAAACUAGAGCUGUUCCAUUCUAUUCAGAGAACAUGUAUGGAGUUGCUGAAAGCAAUUGAACUGUAUCAAAAAAGGAUUUGUUUUCUGUCUCAGGAAGAAAAUGAAUUGGGGAAAUUUCUUCGAUCACAGGGUUCUCAGGAUAAAACAAGAGCAGGAAAAAUGAUGCAAGCUACAGGAAAGGCCCUCUGCUUCUCUUCUCAGCAAAGAUUAGCACUCCGUGCCCCUCUCAGUAGGUUGUAUCAAGAAGUGGAGACCUUCAGAUACAGGGCCAUCUCAGACACCUGGCUGACAGUGAACAGAAUGGAGCAGUAUCGGACUGAGUACAGAGGAGCUCUGCUCUGGAUGAAAGAUGUGUCUCAGGAGCUGGAUCCAGACCUUUAUAAACAGAUGGAAAAGUUCAGGAAGGUUCAAGCACAAGUGCGACAUGCAAAACUCAACUUUGACAAACUGAAGACUGAUGUCUGUCAAAAAGUGGAUCUUCUGGGAGCGAGCAGAUGCAACCUCCUUUCUCAUGUGUUAACAACGUAUCAGACAACAUUGCUUCAUUUUUGGGAAAAAACUUCACACACGAUGGCAGCCAUCCAUGAAAGUUUCAAAGGUUAUCAGCCAUAUGAAUUCACUAUGUUAAAGAGCUUGCAAGAUCCUGUGAAUAAACUAACAGAAAAAGCUGAAAAGGAGGACCAGCAGAUUGAGAGCACCAAUUCAGUGGAAGAUCAGCAGAGUCAUUCUUUCAAAUUAAGGUUGAUUUCAUUAGAUGAGGAGAGCCAUACCAAGGAAUCGAACUAUUCAGCUGAUGAUGGCAAGGAUGUCAUCUCCACGUUACAAGGACAUUGUAACCACGAGCAGAACUCAGGUGCUAUAGAUGAGUUAUUAGACCUGCAGCCUGAAGAAAAUGCUUCAAAGGAAAAGUUCAUGAGAUCUUUGGAGCCAGAACCUGGUGAUAAGGAUGACAUGGUGUUACUAAAUGAGAUCCUCAACGCCUCCUCCCUGGAUGAGGGGGAAUUCAGCAAAGAGUGGACAGCUGUUUUUGGCCAGGCUGCUGAUCUCACCAUGAACUCUUCAGCGAGAGAUGGGGAGAACACCUCGUCGUCUGCAGUGCCAGCACCAUCGGGCUACUUGCCCUCACAGCUGCUAGACCAGAACAUGAACGACUUGCAGUCGUCCUUACAUGGUGAGAGCUCGUCUUCUUCUGUCGGAUGGGCAGCCAGCAGUGUGAGCCCACCAUCAAUACCACAGCCAGCACAGAAACCACACAGCCUGAAUGUGAAUGACGACAAGACGCCUGUGAAAGAAUCUACAAAGAAUCCUAAAGACUUGACUGCUUGGUUCAGUCUUUUUGCUGACCUUGACCCAUUAUCCAAUCCUGAUGCUGUUGGGAAAACUGAUAAAGAACAUGAAUUGCUUAAUGCAUGAGUCAGCUGCCUCUGGUAACUCACAUUCUUCCCUUCAUCAACACUAUUUUGGAGUUUAAAAACCUAAAUGAAAAUUAGUAUGCUCUUGUGAAACUAUUAGGUAUGUGCCAUGAUAAUAAAACUAAAGGGAAUUAAUCCCCUUUUCUAUAGGUACAGUUAUUUGCUCUUGUUUUGUAUAAAGAGUUCGCAUUUAUUUUCUAUGUGGACUUACAAAAAUGAGGUUAAGAAUUAGGGCAGAUUUCUUGCCAAAUUAGAUUGUCUGCUGAAACACUGUCUUUGCCUGGGGUGAUGUGGAGCUAACACCAGAAUGAAAUACAAAUUACAAACCUAUUUUUUUAUAAUGUUUCUUGAGUAAAUUAAAAAAAAAUCGUGUAACUGAAGAGGCUGCAUGAGUCAGACAUCUGUCAUGUAUAUAAUAUAUCUAUUAAUGCUAUGUUAAGAUGUCAACUAAAUUUGUUUUGUUAGUACUCACAGUUGAAAAACCUGUGCCGGAGCUGAUUAUUGAAGAAGUAGAUUUGGGUCUGUGCAGCCAUCGAAAUUGUGCCCUUUCCAGUCUAACUUAUUGACAAACUGCACUACGUAAAGAGAAGUCAUGCCCAGGAGACUUCUUUUUCUGAGUUUUUUCUCCAUUGCACCAACAGAAUUUGCACCUGUUUGCAGAAGUUUCUUGGAACUGAUGCUUUACCAUGCCUUCAAUCCAUUUCUGUUCUGAGAAUUUUUCAUCCAGUUUAUUUCUGAAGCAUGUAUUAUUUUAAGCUUGUUGUGACAUUAACUCUUUAAUAAAAUGAUUUUGACAAAAACCCCAACUUUAUUCCCACUGUUGGAAUGCUGUUGUGCUGUUGAAUUGAUACACAACAAGCAUCUGAAUAUAAACAUGACCAGUUUGUAGACAGUACUGAACCCUUCAUUUCUGAAUAGCAAUCCAGUAGCAAGGACAGUGAGAAAACUUGAACUCAAUGUGGUGUCCCUUUGCUUCCCUGCAAAAGAAGGGGAAAGGGCUCAUAGACUCAUAAAGGUUGGAAACAGCCUGCAAGACUAUUGAGUCCAGCCCUGGAACAAACAGUGCCCCUGCCAACUAAACCCCAGCACUCAGUGCCAUGUCUGGUUGUCUUUCAAACACUUUCAGUCAUGGUGACUCCACCACCUUCUUGAGCAGCCCCUUCCAAUGCCUGACCCCCAUUCAGGGGAGAGAUUCUUCCAGAUGUCCAACCUGGACAUCCCCAGGUGCCCCAUGAUAAUGUGUCAGCAGCCAAUUAAGAUCAAAAGCUCUAUGUACUGUAUAGGACCUGCUUUACAAUUUAGUAUAUUCAGCAUUUUAAAAUUUGCUUGAUUUUCCUUUUACAUUGGUGAAGUGUUUCACAACCAGUUAUCUGUACACUCAGUUAAUCCCUGCUUCAUCGUCCAAUAGGUAACUAAGUACCUGGAAAUAACUAUAUAAAUGUACAAGUUCACUGAAUUGGCCAACUUCUUCUCGAGUGCAGCAGAACACUGUUGGAUGUGUGCACUGAGCAGCAGUCAUGUGGAUUUGGUGCCUCCUGUCUAAAAAGCCACAUGCUAGCAGUGGCUGUGAGGUUGGACUGACCAGAGUUCAUCAGGCUCAAGCCUCAGCAAGCUUUAAACACCUCUGUUCAAACUGUCACGUUCAUUUAUCCCAUCCCAUAACCUGGAAGUGUCAAAGUACUUCAGUUGUUGCCAGAAAAGUCUUCAGACGCUUAGCAGUGGAUUUUCAUGUCUAAUGGGAAAAGAUGGUCUGAUCUCAUCUUUGCACAGUCCCCAGCCCAGCUGGAGCCCUGAGGUGUGUAAGACCUGGAAUCUGAUGUCAGUGCCAUACUCUUUCUAAAGGUAAAACUUGGUUCCUUCCACAGUAUUUGCUACUCUUCAGUACUGGCAGCUCCUUGCUCAGUGAGCUGCCUUUUCUGCACUCUAACUUUCUUGAGCACUCAGAGGGGGCUGAAUUCACAGCUUUGGACUGCAGUUCUGGCAGUAAAUAAGACAUCUAGAAAGGGGAUUAACUGGGAAAUACCUACGGUUUACACUGGGGUGCACUUACACCUAGGAGUGCUAGUUUGUACUCAGAGACUGCCCGAAAUCCUCUUCAUCCUAAGCUGUAAUUAUCUGCAAUGCCAAAAAUGUUAGUGUCAGGCGCUCGAGGGAGAGCCAGGCUGCUCCUCAGCCCAGCUGGGUUACCACAAAAUCAUUAAACAGAUUCUUGCAACUUCAAGCAAGUCUGUGGUUGCUAAAUUUGCUGUGGAUUACAUUUGUCUGGAUAGUUUCUAAAACACUUGUGGACAAUCUACUCCAACAUUUUUUAGUAGCUGAAGCAGUUAGGUGAAAAGUGGAGAAGAAGCUGUAUUGAGCUCAAACCAGCCAAUUAACUGUUCUUAAAGGCUCAAAAAAUGUUUGUUCUUUAGGUCACAGAUUGUAGACUUCCAGGAUUAAAAAAAAAAAAAAAAAAAAAAAAAA